GGUAUAUUCGAUUGACCGUUAUCGAUUUGUUGGUCACACUGCCGUUCUUUUGUUUUUAUUUCCCCGGUAAAAUGUUUGGAACAGUAAAUAAUUAUUUAUCCAGCGUGCUAAGUGCCACCGAUGACUACGAUGGCGAGGCCUUGGGCACCCACAUAUCCCUGCGCGAUGUCCACGUGCAGAACCACAACCUGUACAUUGCCCAGCCGGAGAAGUUGGUGGAGCGAUUCCUGAAGCCGCCCAUAGAUGAAGUAGUGUCCGCUCACCUAAAGGUGCUCUAUCAGCUGGCCCAGGAGCCACCCAACUACAUGGAGGCAUACACACAGCAGGCAGCAGCCUGCGGAGCGGUUGUGCGCCUACUGCAGUCGCUGAAGGAUGAAAACUGGUGCCUGCCCCUGAUGUACCGUGUGUGCCUGGACCUUAGGUACCUGGCACAGGCCUGCGAGAAGCGCUGUCGAGGAUUCACGCCGGGUCAUGUGCUGGAGAAGGCUGCCGACUGCAUGAUGGCCUGCUUUCGGGUGUGCGCCGCCGACGGGCGUGCCUCCGAGGAGGACACGAAGCGUCUGGGCAUGAUGAACCUGGUGAAUCAGUUGUUCAAGGUGUACUUUCGCAUCAACAAGCUGCAUCUGUGCAAGCCGCUCAUUCGGGCCAUUGAAAAUUGCGUGUUCAAGGACUCGUUUCCCCUGCCGGAGCAGAUCACCUACAAAUACUUUGUGGGCCGGCGGGCCAUGUUCGAUUCCAACUACCAGGGUGCCGUGGAGGAUCUAUCGUUUGCAUUUACCAACUGCCCGGACCGGUUUGCCAGCAACAAGCGACUGAUCCUCAUCUACUUGGUGCCGGUGAAGAUGCUGCUCGGUUACCUCCCAGCCAAGUCCCUACUCCAGCGCUAUGAUCUUCUGCUGUUCCAUGACCUGGCGCUGGCCUUGAAGGCGGGCAAUGUUAAGCGAUUUGAUGAGAUCGUACGCGAUCACGAGCUGGUCCUGAUCCGUAGUGGUAUCUAUCUGCUGGUGGAGAAGCUCAAGUUUAUGGUGUAUCGGAAUUUGUUCAAGAAGGUGUUCAUUAUCCGGCAAACCCACCAGUUGGACAUGGAUGACUUCCUUGCGGCCCUGCAGUUUGUGGGUGUGACGGAUGUCUCCCUGAACGAGGCGCACUGCAUCAUCGCCAAUCUCAUUUACGACGGCAAGAUCAAGGGUUACAUCUCCCACGCCCACAAUAAGCUGGUCGUGUCCAAGCAGAACCCAUUCCCACCGCUCAUUUCACUGUAGGAAUUUUUAAAGAUUGUAAAGACUAGACAUUAAAUUGAAUACGAAAAGA